AUGAUGGAGGGCUUUUCAGGGGCUCGCGUAGGGGCAAUCACGCCCCCAGCAUCAGAUGACGGAGACGCCAGGCAGGCUGGUUGCCCGACCAGCAGUGCGGAGCCGCCCGCAACCCCCGAACAAGUAAACAAGAGCAUCGUCACUCCUGCAUUUCCACCAUCACCGCCACCAAGCAUCAAGGCACGUCGCGAUCGUUCGUCCCAGCAAAAAGAAGCCAACCGCUCCAAACAAUUCACUACUCGCCUUCAACGCAGUGCUACAAUCGGUGGAACAGACAGCGAUUUAUUGGGCCGAAAGAAAGGGCGGGGAUUCAGACAGAUUUCCAGUUUACCGGCAGAUCACGGAUUGAAGGCCAUUGAACCGCCGCAUGAACAGGGACUUGUGAAGAUGGCAUUUGCGGAGCAGCAACAAUGGGUUACUGUUCAGCAAAAGACAUUUACGAAAUGGUUGAAUACCAAAAUCAAACCAAGAGAAUUGGCAGUAGUAGAUCUGGUGAAAGAUCUUAGCGAUGGAGUUAUUCUAAUACACCUGCUCGAAUGCCUUUCAAACGAAUCCCUGGGUCGAUAUGCCGCGAAGCCCAAACUCCGCGUGCAACGAUUUGAAAAUGCGAAUCUAUCACUCGACUUCAUCAAAUCUCGUGGCAUACAAAUGACAAACAUUGGUGCUGAGGAUGUUGUUGAUGGGAAUCGAAAGAUCAUACUGGGUCUAAUCUGGACCCUAAUUCUACGCUUCACGAUCUCGGACAUCAAUGAGGAGGGUAUGACUGCAAAAGAAGGUCUGCUGCUUUGGUGUCAAAGAAAGACUGCCUGUUAUGACGAAGUCGACGUGCGGAAUUUCACGGACAGUUGGAAUGAUGGCCUCGCGUUUUGUGCUCUUCUGGAUAUCCACAGACCGGACCUGAUCGACUACGAUGCGUUAGACAAGAACGACCACCGCGGGAACAUGCAAUUAGCAUUUGAUAUUGCGAAGACUGAAAUUGGAAUCCCUGACCUGCUGGAUGUGGAAGAUGUCUGUGAUGUUGCCAAACCGGAUGAACGCAGUUUGAUGACAUACAUAGCAUACUGGUUCCACGCCUUUUCACAGAUGGAGAAGGUCGAGAAUGCUGGGCGACGAGUUGAGAAGUUCGUCAACAAUAUGCAGGGUGCUUGGGAGAUGCAAAGUAACUACGAGAGGAGGAUGAGAGAAUUGCUGAAGCAGAUCCACGAACAGGGAUUGAGAUGGGACGGAGCUAAAUUUGAGGGCACAUAUGUUGAUGCGAAGAAGCAGUCAACGGAGUUUAGUGCAUACAAGAGGGGGAAGAAGAGGGAAUGGGUGGCGGAAAAGAGUGAUCUGGCUGCCCUGCUGGGCAAUAUCAAAACAAAAAUGAGCACGUAUCGGCUGCGGCCGUACGAUCCACCAGCAGAGUUAAGACUGAGUGUCUUGGACGACGAGUGGGCGAGCUUGAUGAGAUCAGAAAUGGCAAGGGGACAGUUGAUCAACGAGACCAUCAGAGACAUCAAGAACGCACUGCGGAAAUCCUUCGCAGACAAAGCCAACGAUUUCGCCCUGGCCUUGAACACGAUGCAGUUAGCUAUAUCAGGACUGGAGGGCGAUGUCGAAGAUCAGCUAACGCAUGUCCGACGAUUGAACGAGAACCUAUCACCCAUGAAUCAAUACCUUGAGAAAAUCGAAGAGGUGGACCGUAAAUGCGAAGAGGCCAACAUUGAAGAAAACGACUUUACAACAUACACCUACGAUGAAUUAUGCUACGAGCUUAGCCUAGUCAAGAAUUCCGUCUCCAAGAAACUUGCUUUCCUCGACAACCAAGUCGUUGCCCGAAAUAUGACUAAUCUAACCCCCAUUCAACUCGAAGAAUUCGAAAGCGUAUUCCGACACUUCGAUAGAGACGUUACCAAUAGUCUGCAAGAACUCGAGUUCAGCGCAGCUCUCGCUUCCCUUGGUCUCGUUUUCAGCGAAGACGAAAUGCACGACUACUUCCUCGAGACGUCUAAUGGCCGAGACUACGUAACAUUUGAGCAAUUCAUCCGCUUCAUGGUCGACGUAACCGAGGACCAAAACACUGCUGAGCAAGUCUUCCAGAGUUUCCGUGAAGUCGCAGAUGGCAAACCUUAUGUGACCGAAAUGGAUCUAAGACAUAGUCUUGUGCCAGACGAUGUGAUCGAGAAACUCACGCAGAUUGUACCGCCACAUAAAGGUCCUGAUCUUCAAGAAGAUAGGGGAAUGCCCCAGUAUGAUUAUAUCAGCUUUAUGGACGGCCUACUUGGUGGCCCGGAGCAGGAGGAGCAACAUACCGCUCUCUCGGAUCUUUCUAAUGGAAGGAGUCCAAAUAGAGCAAGUACAAACGGAAGCGGGAAGACGAAUGGGUACAAUUAA